GACCCUCCCGGUGCAGCUCGACAAUGUCGCUCUCGGUGCGGCCCCAGCGACGCAGCCUGGCUGUCAGGAUCAAUAGGAGCCAGUCAUUUGCAGGCGUCAAUUCUACCCAGGACAAAGGAUUCAGGAACUGCCCUGCAUUCAGCACCCCGACGGUCUCCAGGAAGUCUAGCUCCAGGGUCAGUAGGAUGUUUUCAAUGUCUCACAAAUCUCCUCCGCCCAAAGUGCCCCAGCCGGAGAGACUCGAUGAGGUGUAUGAAGCACUCAAGAAAGGAAUAACUGCUUAUGUGGACGUGCAUCAGCUCGAGCUGGAAAAACUGAACAUCCAGAUCCGUGAGUCCAAGAGGAAUUCCCGCCUGGGCUUUCUCUACGACCUUGAUAAGCAAGUGAAGUCAAUCGAGCGGUUCCUGCGCCGACUAGAAUUCCACGCUAGCAAGAUAGAUGAGCUCUACGAGGCCUACUGCAUCCAACGGCGGCUCCGGGAUGGGGCCCAUAACAUGGUCAAGGCCUACACGGCCGCCUCGCCCAGCAGCAAGGAAGCCCGUGAGAGUUUGGCCGAAGCCAGCAAAGGUUACAAAGAGUACACAGAGACCAUGUGCCUGUUGGAGAGCGAACUGGAGGGUCACCUGGGAGAGUUCCACAUCAAAAUGAAAGGGCUGGCCGGCUUCGCUAGACUCUGUCCUGGGGACCAAUAUGAGAUCUUCAUGAGGUACGGGCGCCAGCGUUGGAAGCUGCGGGGUCGCAUCGAAGCAAACAACAAGCAAGUGUGGGACAGCGAGGAGAUGAUCUUCCUCCCCCUCAUCACCGAAUUCUUGUCCAUCAAGGUGACAGAGCUCAAGAGCCUGGCCAGUCACGUGGUCGUGGGGAACGUCUCUUGCGAAACCAAGGAUUUGUUUGCAGCUCUUCCCCAGGUGGUGGCUGUGGAUAUCAACGACUUGGGCACAAUCAAGCUGAGCCUGGAGGUGAACUGGAACCCCUUCGACAAGGAAGACCAGCUGGCGUCUGCGAGCACUGUGAAUAAGUCAUCCACGGUCAACAAGAGAUUCUCCAUGUACAACCAGAGCCCGCCGGACACACCCUCAAUGCGUGAACAGGCCUUUUAUAACAUGCUGCGGCAACAGGAGGAGCUGGAGAACGGGGCGGCCUGGUCCAUAUCUUCGGAGUCGUCCGACGACUCCUCCAGCCCGCAGCUGUCCGGAAGCGCCCGCCACCCGCCUCCCCGACCUGUCGUGCAGCCUGAAGUGCAAGCUGUGGCGCCCGCCAUAGAAAUCGCCUUUACACAGCCCGAGGACAAAGACCCGCCAGCCCUGCAGGAGGAGGUGGCAACUGUCGCCAACGGCCACGUGCCCUAUGCCCGGACUCUUAGCCAGAUCAGCGAGGCCAGCGUGGACCUGCCGGCUUCCGAGGACAGAGAAUGUGCUGCCCCUCAAGAGAGAAGUCCCAGGGAUUUGCCUACCCUGGAAAUGAACUCUGUGGCCCAAGUCGCGGUCUCCACGUUAGAUGACCGGAUCAGCGAAUGUGAAGAGGAGGAGGCCGAGUCUGCCGGGGCCGCCAGUGUGGCAGCCGAGGAAAACGAGGACUCCGUCAGCCAGAGCCAGGAAGAUCCACAGCCUAAUGCCUCGUUGACUGAGCCCAAGCCUGACGUGAUGGGUCUGCAGCCAGUGGGAGUCUCGGAGGUACCGAGGCCCAAACCUGUAGACUGUGGACUCGAGGAGGCUAUCGGUUCUCUGGCCUCUGCUCUGGAUGACUAUCGGGGGCAGUUCCCUGAGCUGCAGUCCCUGGAGCAAGAGCUGAAGCAUCUAGAAGGGAUUCUUUUGCGAAAACAAGAGGAAUGCCUGAGCCGGUCAUCCAGCACCAGCCUGACGGUGCAGCGCGCUCUGGAAAGCUUCAACUUCCUCAAUGCUUUUGAGACGGACGAUUCAGAGGGAGAUGAGAAAGGGAAACACAGCAGCGUGCAGCCUUUGCCUUUGAGCAGGGUGCCAGGAUCUGGCGAUGCCAUCGGUGAAGAAACAGCAGGGUGCUUUCCCAUGGAGGGCAGCUUGGAACCCAUGAGCACCGGCAGCGAAUUCCUCGACAGGGCACUGGUUCUGCAUUUGAAUUACUGCAAUGGCUUGCUGCUGAAACUUGGCCAUUUCGGACCACUACGCUGCUGUGAAAUGUACGCGCUCGACAGGCUGGCUAGGGAAGCUCAAGUCCUGGAGAUGGUCUGCCGCCUAGCCGGGGAACGGUCAGGGACAGCCAGUUCUGCCGAGGAAGUGGUUCAAUUCUCCACACGGAAGGAGGGUGUUUUGCCCUUCUGGGACAGCUGUGUGGCCAGCCCUAACAUGUACAGCUGCCCCGUGGAGAGAUUCCUAAAGACACUCAGUUCCCAAUACUCGAUACGAAUCAAUGAACGGCAGCAAGGCCUGGCCGAUUCAGUGUGCGUGAAGCUGGUGGAAGAGAUUCUGCAGCGCAGGCUGCCCAGGCGCCAGGGUGGGUGCCAAGCAGAGCAGGUGACGAUCUUCCAGUACUGGAGCCACUUCGAGGCUCUCCCUCCAUCAGCGCUGGACUCCUACAUCUUGGAUUUGGCAGAGGAAGUUCUUCUGGCCCAGAACCUGAACUCGGAUGACCAGGACGUGGUCCUGAAGGCUCUUAAGCGCAUGCCCGAGAGCCGGCUCCGCAAGGACGGACUGAAGGCAUUGAGCCUCCUGCUUGUGGAAGGAAACAGCAAAGUUGUCGGGGCGGUGUCAGCACAGCUACGCACCCUGUCGGAGAACCCUGGUUUCCGGGAGAGGGCCCUGGUGAGUUACCUCGAACAGCUGGAGGAUGAGGAAGUACAAACACGAAUUGCUGCAUGUGCGGCUUUGGGUUGCCUUAAGGCCAAGGAGAGUGUUGAGCAGCUGGUGUACGUGUGCCAAACUGAUAAGGAGGCCGUGCGGGAGGCAGCCAAACAGAGCCUCAUGCUGUGUGGGGAAGAUGGAAAAUCAGCGCACCGACGGCUGGAAGAGUCCCUCGACAGUUUGCCGCGGAUCUUUGCCCCGGGCAGCAUGGCCAGCACCGCGUUCUGA